UUUAGGGUAUGAUCCUACAAUGGGAUGUCGAUAAUGGACUUGCACAAAUUGACAAGUACUUCCACAGUACUGACAAUAAUGUAAUUGCGGUCGCUCUAUUGGCAGUUGGGGUAGUAAAAUGUUCUGUCAAGAAUGAGUGUGAUCCUGCAUUAGCACUCCUCAUAGAGUAUAUAGACAGAGAUGAUGCUUCGAUUAGAAUUGGUGUAAUAAUGGGUCUUCGACUUGCAUAUGCAGGUUCUCAGAAUGAGGAGGUGUGAUUCUGUGCAUGUA